AUGCAGGUGCAGCUGGGACAAGCAGACAUAAAAUGCCCGAUCACGGAGUGCAGCGAACACCUGGAUGAAACAACUGUCCUCUAUAACCUGCCCCACGACGACAUCAUCAAGUAUAAAUAUUUCCUGGAACUCAGCCGCAUUGACUCCAGCACCAAGCCGUGCCCUCAGUGCAAGCACUUUACUACCUUCCGGAGGAGAGGCCACAUUCCUACCCCUGCCAAAUUGGAGAACAAAUACAAAAUCCAGUGUCCAUCUUGCCAAUUUGUCUGGUGUUUUAAGUGCCACUCUCCCUGGCAUGAAGGUGUUAACUGUAAGGAAUACAAAAAGGGAGACAAGCUGUUGCGUCACUGGGCCAACGAAAUUGAGCAUGGGCAAAGGAAUGCCCAGAAGUGUCCGAAAUGCAAGAUCCACAUCCAGAGAACGGAAGGGUGUGACCACAUGACCUGUUCCCAGUGUAACACUAAUUUCUGUUACCGUUGUGGGGAGAGAUACCGCCAGCUCCGGUUCUUCGGAGAUCACACGUCAAACCUCAGUAUCUUUGGAUGCAAAUACCGCUACCUCCCCGAGAGACCACAUUUAAGGAGAUUAGUGCGAGGCUCUGUCUGUGCUGGAAAACUACUCAUUACACCCCUAAUACUGGUUCUUGGACUGGCACUGGGAGCCAUAGCUGUUGUAAUAGGUCUAUUUGUGUUUCCCAUCUAUUGCCUUUGUAAAAAGCAGAGGAAAAGGUCACGGACAGGUAUGCCCUGGUGAGGACGG